CGCCGCAGGCACGAACAAGAAGACGAGACGUAUUGUCAACGGGCUGGGGUCCCUCAUGGGUUCCAAGGAAAUCACGGGCACGCAUUUCGAUGAGGCCAGUGGGGUUGCGGAUAUCCUGGAGAAGGACCGUCUGGAGAGUGAGAAGUGGACGAAGAAGAAGCACAUCUCUGAACAGCCUUGGACUCUCCAGAACUGGCACCAGCACAUCAACUGGCUGAACGUUGUGCUUGUUGUUGCGAUCCCGAUGAUUGGUGCAUGGAUGGCGAGAUCAACGCCUCUCAAAUGGCAGACCGCCGCGAUGUCGGUGUUCUUGUACGCUUGUGCUGGUUGGUCAAUCACAGGUGGUUACCAUAGACUGUGGUCGCACAAGGCGUAUGACGCUCACUGGCCGUUGAGGGUGUUCUUUGCCCUCUUUGGUGCUGCCGCUGUGGAGGGCUCCAUCAAAUGGUGGGGCCAUUCACACAGAAUCCAUCACAGAUACACCGAUACCAACAGAGACCCAUACGACGCCAGAAAGGGCUUCUGGUACUCGCACAUGGGGUGGAUGCUUACGAAGCCAAACCCAAAGUACAAAGCUCGUGCGGACAUCUCUGAUUUGAUUGACGACUGGAUUGUGAGAUUCCAACACAGACACUACCUUGCCAUCAUGUUCUUUAUGUCGUACAUCUUCCCAACUCUGGUGUGUGGCUACCUCUUCAACGAUUACAAAGGUGGCUUUGUCUAUGCCGGUAUCCUAAGAGCAUGCUUCAUCCAACAGGCCACCUUCUGCGUUAACUCGCUUGCACACUGGAUCGGAGUCCAACCUUUUGACGAUAGAAGAACACCAAGGGACCACGUUUUGACUGCACUGGUCACUAUGGGUGAAGGUUACCACAACUUCCACCACGAGUUCCCAUCCGACUACAGAAACGCCAUCAAGUGGUACCAGUACGACCCAACCAAGGUGCUCAUUUACCUCUGCUCGUGCGUCGGGCUGGCGUACAACUUGAAGACCUUCUCACAGAAUGCCAUCGAGCAAGGGUUGGUCCAACAACAGCAAAAGAAGCUGGAUAGAAUGAGAGCAAAGUUGAACUGGGGUGCUCCAUUGUCUGCGUUGCCUAUUUGGGAUAAGUCCGAGUUCAUUGAGAAGUGUAAGACCGAGACAGGUUUGGUUACCAUCAACGGUAUCGUUCACGACGUUUCAGGCUACAUCUCUGAACAUCCAGGUGGUGAGCCUCUGUUGCUGGCCUCCGUGGGUAAGGAUGCCACCAAGGCAUUCAACGGUGGUGUCUAUCUCCAUUCCAACGCUGCCCACAACCUGUUGGCCACCAUGAGAGUCGCCGUGAUAAGGGACUCAUUUGCGCAGAAGAGAGCCGAAAAUGAGUUGAAGAAGCAAAACUAGGCAAAACAACAAGUAAUAACAAAUCCAGAAAAUUAGUUUAUACACUUGGAAUUUUAUGAAAUGGGUAUACGAUCA